AUGGACAAGGCUUUUGUUCUUGGGGAUGCUAUCAAGUACAUGAAGCAGUUACAAGAAAGAGUGAAAACACUAGAGGAAGAGAUGAGAAAGAGAAACAUGGAAUCAAUAGUCUUUGUAAAGAAAUUCCAACUCUUUGCAGAUAAAGAUAAUAAUUCAUAUUAUUCUUCAGAUGAGAAUUGUUCCUCAUUCGAUGAGCCACUACCAGAAAUUGAAGCAAGAGUUUGUGACAAGAAUGUACUAAUAAGAAUUCACUGUGAGAAAAAGAAAGGUGUUAUGGAGAAAACAAUUGCUGAGAUUGAAAAGCAUCACUUAACAAUUAUCAACAGCAGUUGCAUGACAUUUGGAAGUUCUUCUGUUGAUUUGACCAUUAUAGCUCAGAUGAACAUGGAGUUCUCCAUUACAAUGAAGGAUCUAGUCAAGAAUCUACGCUUGGCUUUCAGCUUGUUCAUGUGAAAAAGCUUCUAACUUCACAAAGAUGAAGAGAAACCCAUAACUAAAGAAUAAUUACCUAUAUAUACAACCUAUCCAAGUUUAUUUCAAACUAUGUGUCUUCAAGGUCUGAACUGAAGUGCUCGACCAUGU